CUCGAUUCCUAUCUUCAAGGUCACAGAAAGAGAUAACCUUUUCCUUGUGUCACUUGGACGACGUCUGGAGAUACUCGUUAGACCUAGGUGCACACUUUAGUGGAACUAAGAAAGUAUGAUGAAGUCAUUGGUGUUGCUGCUUAUGCUGACGUCAAAUGCUUCUGGUCACGUGAUCAGCAAUCGAUACCUGCUGGAUAACAAUGACCGCGCAGGGAAUGCGACACACCUAGCACACUGCGUUCCGCGUAGGGAUUCCACCAAUCCGGAUCUCGACCGGGCAAAAUGCGUGCUUCAAUCAUACCCUCUUAUUGACGGCCACAACGAUCUCGCCGAGCAAUACGCAUAUUUCGCCAACGACUCUGUGUAUAGUGUAGAGUUAGACUCGAACCUGGAUAUGGUCUGGGGCAAGGUUCUCUCUCAAGUUGACAUACCCAAGCUGCGUAAAGGAAUGCUUGGAGGACAGUUUUGGUCUUGCUGGGUCACAUGCCAAGCUCAGUAUCACGACGUAGUGCGCCAAACACUGGAACAACUUGACGUCAUCAAAAAGUUCAUAACGCGCUACCCAGAAACAUUCCAGUUCGUCGAUAAAGCCGAUGAUGUGAUGAAGGCCUUUCAAGCGGGCAAGAUAGCGAGUAUGAUAGGCCUUGAAGGCGGUCACUCCAUCGACAGCAGUUUGGGAGCACUGCGCAUGUACUAUGAGUUGGGUGUGCGCUACAUGACCGUAACCCACAGCUGCAACACUCCAUGGGCAGACAACUGGCACGUAGAUGAGCCAACAUACAACGGAACGGUCCUGAACGGGUUAACAGAUUUUGGAAAAAAAGUGAUCCUGGAGAUGAACCGACUAGGAAUGAUAGUAGAUCUCGCGCACGUGGCCAAGAAGACCAUGUUAGACGUACUCAGUCUGACACGUGCGCCUGUUUUGUUCACGCACUCGUCCGCAUUCAGACUGUGUAACCACUACAGAAACGUUCAAGAUGAUGUACUACUCAAGACGAGAGAAAAUGGUGGCGUUGUUAUGGUGAAUUUCUACACACCGUUUGUUGUGUGUUCACCGAACAACAAACCCACGACCGAACUAACAGAUGUCGCAGAUCAUAUUGAGUACAUUAAAAACUUGAUUGGAGUAGACCACGUGGGCGUGGGAGGUGAUUAUGACGGAGCAGACUCGUUCCCAAUUGGUUUGGAGAAUGUCUCUUUCUAUCCUGAGCUCUUUGCCGAGCUGGUGAAACGAGGCUGGAGUGACCUUGACCUGCAAAAGUUGGCGGGAAGAAAUGUCCUUCGCGUGUUCCUUGAAGUGGAGAAGGUUCGUGACAGCAUGAAGUCAAUGAACCCACUUGAGGACCACCUUGAACCGUCAGAGCAGGUCGACCGGAAGUGCCGAACUACUUGGUACUAAGCGAGAUAUUAUUGCUCGAUUUGCAAUUGUAUUUAUUCCUUUACAAGACUUUCAGUGAAUUAUCAAUAGAAAUAAAAUUGAUACAAGAAA